AUGCUCUGUGUUUUCGUUCUUUGUAUUCCUGUUAUUCUAUCAACAACAAGAACACAGCGAAAUGUCACUCGUUCUUUGGAUAACAGCGAGUUGUUGAGUGAUGAACACUUGUCAUUGAAUAAAAGUAGUUCUUCUUAUUUUAAUAACACAACAAGUAGAGUGAAAGGAGACUGUCCAACAAUAUCGAAUUGUGUAAGUUGUUGGUCGGAUAAGUGCAAUAACUGUAAAGUAGGGUAUUAUUUAAAUGCCAACAACAAUGGAUGUAUUAAAUGUAACGUAGACCAAUGUCUUGAAUGUAAUGAUAAAGAUCAGUGUAGUGUAUGUGAAGAUGGGAUGUAUUUCAAAGGAACAGAAAAACAAUGUCAGUUGUGUUCUACAGUUUUGGAUCAUUGCACUUCAUGUUCAAAUUCUACAUAUUGCACAGUAUGUACCUUCGGGUAUUUUAAAAGUAAUGGAAAGUGUGUGAGUUGUGAUCAGGUAUGUGGUGAUGAAGGGUGUCUACCUGACUCUGGGAGGUGUAUUAAUUGCAAUAGCACGACGGUGUUUAACAAAGAGAAAACGCAGUGUGUAAAAAUGGAAAAUGCGCAUUGCACUUUAUCCAAUAACUCGUAUUGCAUUCAAUGCGAAAUUUCUUAUUUACUAAUUGGAGUUGGGUGUAUUAAGACUGAAUCAUGCACUUGGUCAAGUGUAAAGUUUGGAAGUGUUUGUGUAUCAAAGUAUAGUGUGAAUUGUGAUACAACAUAUUCUAAGAGUUGUUCGAAGUGUAAUGCUGAUACUUCAAAGAAUACGACAGUUGGUCAUUGUGAGACGUGUGAACAACGAAAGGAAGCGUGUUCUUUUUGUCAAAAAUCAAAUAAUAACAAAUAUUACUGUGAUGCUUGUCGAAAGGGGUUUUUCCCAUCAGGAUCAGAAACACUCUGUGAGCCAUGUUCAAAUAUGGUUGGGUGUGUUGAAUGUGCAAAUGUUGUUCCAACGACGGUAAUGGAUAUGGUCUAUAGAAAUUGCACAAAGUGUUUAUCGACGUAUUACCUUGAAGAUGGGAUAUGUAAACAGUUACCAAACUGUUUUCUUCAGAACAAUAAAACAUGUGUAACAUGUAAUGUUGACUACAUAUUAACAGCAGAUGGUACUUGUGUUGAAUACACGACGAUUUCAAAUUGUGUGUCUGCUGUUAACAACGUGUGUUCAUCGUGUAAUGAAGGGUAUUACAUUAGUUCACUAAACACAUGUACUCCAUGUACAAAUAAUUGUAUGAGUUGUUAUGGUGUUUCAUACGUCCAGAGAUGCACACUGUGCCAAAAAAAUUACACUCUUCUUGAUUAUCAAUGCAGUGCUUGCUCGAUUGAAGGGUGCAACGAGUGCAAAAACACAGAUGACAAGUGUCUCACUUGUGAUGAGUUUCAUUACUCUUUAAAUGGGAAAUGCAGUGUAUGUAACAAUUACUAUACCAACUGUUUAAAAUGCGGUCAGACGCGUUGUAGUGAGUGCAAAGACAACUUUUAUUUGUCGUAUGAGAACAAGUGCAACCCAUGUUCGGAUAUAGAUGGGUGUGUGGAGUGUCUCCAAACAUCUCCAACGUGUACAACAUGUGCUGAUGGGUAUUAUCUCAAUUCAUUGGGGUGCCAAAAAUGCACGACAAAUCUUCCCAAUUGCGAAAUCUGCUCGAGUCAGAAGAGUUGUGAUAAAUGUGAGUUGGGGUUUUACCUCACAAACCAACACACGUGUGAGACAUGCACAACUAUUAAUGGGUGUGAAAGGUGUAGUCAAACUGACUCGAAAUGUUUGACAUGUAAAGAUGGAUACAAAGCGACGAAGGUUGAAGGUGAUUUUGUUGAAUGUGAAUCAUGUGAACAAAUCACUGCAAAUUGCAAAACGUGUGACUCCGACUUUAAUUGUAUUGAGUGUGACUCGCCUCUUUUAUUAAACACGACUGGAGGAAACCAUUGUAGUGAAUGUACACUCGCAAAUUGUUUAUUAUGCAGCGCUACGUCGUUUGGAUGUGAAACAUGUGAGAGUGGGUAUUAUAGAGGGAGCGAUUUGAUGUGUCAUAGUUGCUCUAUAGACACAGAAGGAACUUGCAAAACAUGUACGAGUACAACGGAAUGUUCAACUUGUAAUACGGGUUAUUUCAUUGAUGGUGUUACAUGCAAAGCAUGCGACACAAUCACUGGGUGUGAGAGCUGUCUUACAACAUCACGGGAGUGCACCAAGUGUGUUUCGGGCAAUUACCUUGAUACGGACAAGACAUGUAAGACAUGUGACACGAUAACGAAUUGUAGUUCAUGUUCUCCGACAUCUAAAGUGUGUACAGAGUGUGAUGCAACGAAAGCAUCAUAUUUAUACAAUGACGCAUGUCUGCCAUGUUCAUCAAAUUGCCUUCAUUGUACAUCAACCACUUGUUUGGAGUGUGAAGAAAACAAUUACCCAUCCACUGCAUAUUGUUAUCCAUGCAGUUCAAUGAACGGCUGUCUCAACUGUAGCAACACUGAAGCGAAAUGUGAAGUGUGCAAAGAAGGUGGAGUCGAUCAAACCACAUUUCGAUGCACUACAUGUAAAGAUGCAAAUUGUAAUAACUGCGCCCUUGACAAAACGGAGUGCACAGAGUGUGUUAAGGGCUAUUUUCUGAAUCUAUCGGAAUGCUACAAAUGUAGUGAAAUACUUCAUUGUGUUGAGUGCUCACAAAAUACAACGGAGUGUACUGGGUGUGGAAGUGGAUACUAUUUGGAAGCAACAACAUGUUUUUCGUGCGACACGGCAAUGACAGGGUGUCUCACAUGUACGAACAAAGAAACAUGUUCUUCAUGUGGAGUGGGAUAUCACAUUAACACAAACAACAGUUGUUCUUCUUGUUCUGUCUCAAUACCUUAUUGUGAGAAAUGUUCUUUAUCUGGCGACGCUGUGAAGUGUGAUGUGUGUGAUGCAUACCAUUAUGUUGAUACCAUUGGACAUUGUGCUUUAGUCUCUAUUGGACAUUACAAAUCGAGUCACUCCACUGAGUCAUUAUGUUCACUUCAAAUGAGCAACUGUUACAGUUGUAAUUAUAGUACACUCACAAAUGAAAUAUUCAAUAUCAAUGAAUUGGUGUGUUUGUUAUGUCACUCUGGAUUCUCGUUGAAGACAGAGAGUGACCGGCAAUGUAUUCCUUGCGGAAAUGAAGUUCAGUUGAAUGGUGUUUGUACAAUUUGUGAUGAUGGAUGUUCGAAAUGCACGACCUCGACGUGUGUUGAUUGCAAAGAAGGGUACUCCCUUCGUGGGGGUGUUUGUCAUGUGUUGAAAAACAUUGAUAAAUGUGAGACUGAAGAGAUCCAUAAUAUCGGGUGCGAGACAUGUGGAAGUGGGAUUACACAGACGGGGUCAUGUCCUCUUCCGUUGACAACGGAUGAAUGUGGUGCUUAUGAAGUAACUUUAAACGAAGAACAAUGUAUACCCUAUUACACACAAAAGACUUCCACAAUGAGAAAUGAAAUGAAGAGAGAGGACACUUGUAUGUUGAAAGAGAAAGGAAGGUGUCUGUCAUGUACCUAUGGGAAUGGAUUGACAACAACGAACCCUCCGACGUGUGGAAUAUGUGAAGGGUGUGGAAUGUGUACCACUGUUGGUGUAUGUAAAACGUGUGUUAAUGAGUAUAACGAUAUGAAGGGAGACUGUUUAGAGUCACUGAAUUGUUUAACAAAAACAAAUAACACGUGUUCUGUGUGUGAACAAGGGAGUGUUGUUAUUGGUGGAAUUUGUUCCGAUUGUCCAUUGCACUGUGAAUUGUGCGAUUGGAAUCGGAACUGUUUUGUGUGUUCAUCUUCUUUCAUUUUGAUGAACGGGAGGUGUUUGUUACCAAAUGAAGUCAAUUGCAGCAGUACAGCUAAUGGGCAUUGUAUUCAAUGUAUAAGUGGCAAGUCUCUUGAUUCACAAAGUGUUUGUUCCACGAUACCAUUAGAUGGGUGUGCUGCUGUAUUUAAUAGUCGAUGUGUUCUUUGCGACUCUGAUUUACAAUUUGGGUAUAACGAGAUGACGGGAGAGGUGAUGUGUUCCAGUGAAGCGAAAAUAUCGAGCUGUAAAGUGAUGGGUGCGAGUGGGUGUAUUAGAUGUGAUGAUGGGUUUUACGUGAGUGGAAAGAAAUGUGAACGAUGUGAUGCAAAUUGUCGGACGUGUGGGAAUUCGCCUUCGCAGUGUGUUGGAUGUUACAGUGGAAUGACUCUCAAUGAGAACACGAUGACUUGUGUCGGUCUAGGUGAGCUUGCUGAGAAGUGUGAAACGUUCUUUCCAUCGAAUGGAUGUGCGUUUUGUAAAAGUGGGUAUUAUUGGAAGGAUCGAGACUGUAACAAAUGUGCGUUUGAGUGUUUACAAUGUAUCAAGAACAGCACAUUCUGCACUGAAUGCAACUUUGAAGGUGGGUACAUAACUCGUGGAAACAAUGUUGAUGGGAGUACCACAUGUGUACACAACUCGACAUUCGCCAAUUGCACACUGUUUACUAUGAAUGGGUGUAAAUCAUGUGAGGAGACGUUCUUUGUGAAUGAAAACUCGAUUUGCGAGUUGUGUGGCUCCAAUUGUGUUUCAUGUGCAACUUCAUCACAGUGCACCAAUUGCUCGUCUGGAUAUGUUCUUGUUCGUGUAAGUGGCAAUACAGCAGUAUGUAAACAUUAUAAAGAUAUCCCACAAUGCACGGGAGAAGCAGAUAAUAAAUGCACUGGAUGUGUUGGUACCAAUUAUGACUUGUCUUCUGACAAGACGGAGUGUUUGUAUCACACCAAUCUCUUUUUAGCUGUUGGUGUGCCGAUCAUUGGAGUCUUUGUGUUAGUCGUCCUUCUGUUUAUUCUUAUCUCCAUACUUGUGUUUUAUAUCUAUCAACGAAAGAAGAAGCUCCAAAAAGAGGCGAAGAUAUGCGAGUUUGACAUGAAACACACGAAUGUGUCUUUUGAAACGAUUAACACAGAAAGUGGCUUGGUAUCUAAUAAGAAGGUGUUGGACUUUCUUAUUGAUUCUGAUGGGGAAUUAGUCCCUGUUGGAGUUGAGUCUCGGGACUUGUUGUGUAUUGGCAACAAAAAGACGAAACUCCUGAAAGUGCAACUCUCCACUAAAGUAGGUACAGACAAAUACUCUAUUCGAACCGACCCACAAAUUAUUACAUUAAAGAAAGGACGAGCCUGUGAAUUCCAAAUCUUCAUCACUCCAUAUUGCACGUGUGACUUACAUGAGAAGAUCAUGUUAAUUGCACUCGAUAUGAGAAAGGCGCAACAAUAUGAAGUGCCGAUUAACGUCCAUUUAAAGACCCAACUCACAACCCGAUUAGACUAUGACAUGUUAAAAGAAGAGAAAAAAAUUGGGGAAGGUUCUUUUGGCGUUGUUUUUAAAGGCAAAUUUCGGGAGUACGAUGUAGCCAUUAAGAAGAUGAAGAACUGUGCGACGGACAACAAAGGGUUAGAGGAGUUUAGUAAAGAAGUUGCGAUGCUCGACAAAUUUCGCAGUGACUAUUUAGUGCACUUCUAUGGAGCCGUCUUCAUUCCAAAUAAGAUCUGUAUGGUCUCGGAGUUCUGUAAGUAUGGAAGUCUCCAAGAUUUGCUUAAAAAGCGUUCUGAGGACUUUGUGAGUGAGAAGAUGAAGGUGAAGUUCAUGAUCGAUGCGGCAAAGGGAAUUGAAUAUUUACAUAACAAUGGGAUCUUACAUAGAGACAUUAAACCGGACAAUUUCUUGAUACCAUCAAUUGAAGAGGAUGUCCCUGUGAACGCCAAACUCACUGAUUUUGGGACGUCAAGAAAUAUUAAUAUGAUGUUGACGAACAUGACCUUCACGAAAGGGAUUGGGACACCGACGUAUAUGGCGCCAGAGAUCCUCGACAAAAUGAAUUAUAAAUUAUCGGCAGACAUCUAUUCGUUUGCGAUGACGAUGCUCGAAGUAGCAAGCUGGGCUCCGGCGUUCCCAGCGAACAGAUUUAAGCACCCCUGGGACGUCGCGGACUUUGUGACGAGUGGGAAACGACUUCCACAACCAGAUAAUGUGUCGGACGGGAUAUUCACUGUGAUAACAAACUCGUGGUGUCCGCGGUCUGCGGAGCGUUGGAAGAUCGAGAAGAUAGUCGAGCAGCUUGAGAUCAUAUACAAAGGGUUCUAA